AUGGAUUUGGACGAACCCUCGUUACCUUCUAACCCUAAUAUCAAUGACGGAAUCGGUAAUGAAACACCGCCGUCAUCCGCCGUGAAUGAUGGCGAAGACGUGAAACCAGCGGGAAGGUUACAACGGUGGACGAGGCAGGAGAUUCUGGUGCUAGUACAUGGAAAGAACGAUGCUGAAAGCCGGUUGAAACCGGGUCGAAACGGUUCGUUGUUUGGUUCGUUUGAGAAGAAGUGGACGUUGGUCUCUUCGUACUGUGAGAAGCAUGGUGUGAACCGGACACCGAUUCAGUGUAAGAAGCGAUGGGGCAAUCUCACCGCAGAUUAUAAGAAGAUUAAGGAGUGGGAGUCUCAGGUGAGUGAUGAAACUGAGUCGUUUUGGUUGAUGAACGUUGAGUUGAGGAGAGAGAGGAAAUUGCCUGGUUGUUUUGAUAUAGAGGUUUACAAUAUUCUUGAUUCGGCGGUGGCUGCAAAUGCUGUUCCCGUGGCUGUGGCCGCACCGGUUUCAGAGGUGGUUGGUGAUGAGGAGGUUUAUAUUUAUGAUAGUAACAGGAAAGUGAGUGGUGAAGAUGAGUUGUUUUCUGAUUUGGAGAAGGAUGAUAAUGUUCUUUCACCUGUUCCAAUAUCAGUAUCAGUAUCAGAGAAGCAGUUUAUUCCACUCCUCAGUGGCUUACAAGGAGAAGGCAAUGCCAUCAAUGAGAAACAACCAGGUGAACGAAAGAGGAAGCGGGGGGUUGCAACUGAAGGCAAUAUUGAAGAGGAAGAGGAGGAAAGUGUGCAAAGUGAAUUAAUUAAAGUGUUAGAGAAAAAUGGCAAGAUGCUAUGUGAACAGCUAGAGGCUCGGAACAAGAGUUUACAGUUGGAUCGCCAGCAACAGAAUCAAACUGCAACUAAAAUGGUUGCUGUGCUUGAUAAGCUUGCAAAUGCUCUUGGGAGAAUUGCUGAUAAAUUGUAAGGUUGG